AUGGUACACCUCAUGAGGCCUGGAGGUGCAAUCGGCACCAUGGAAGAUCGCAGUCGUCUUUACGUCAUUUGGAGCGAUCGAUUCCUGUAUUGGUCAGCUGUCGCAGGAGCAGCAAGUGUUACGGGAGCGCAAUUUCGAUUUUCCGGUCUGCAAACGGANGCUAGUUUCUUCGACGAGCAGCGAGCCCUUCAUAUGGACGGCGAAAGUAAGGAGUUGGAUCUCGAACGGUACACGCCUGUGGAAGUUUGA